AUGCUACAAAAUAAGCUAAGAAACAGUCACAAUUUCAUUAAGAAAAAGGUUCAUAAUGAUCGAACAUUGUUAUGUUGUUGACGUCGGAAGAUAGGCGAUGGCAGCUAGCAGCUGAUACAUGACGUGAAUAAGGAGUUUAUUUAUUCAAAAUUACAGGGCAAAAGUUACAAAAAUGUUUGGGAAUCUGAAGAAUAAAAUAGGAGAUGUGACUGAUUUGAAAAAGCUCACAUCUCCUCAAGCAUUAGCAUCCAUGGCUGGAGGUUCCCGGCAACGUUCAUCAACACAUACACCAGGAAGCAUGACACCAAGAUCACGUCAUUCUCGACAGGCAUCAACGGCAUCACUUCAAGGACUUGGCUUACCAAUAUCCCCUCCUAGGUCUCCAACUGAUUCUAGUGAACUGGCUCUCAAUCAUGAUCGUGUGCAAGAACUAGAGCGAGAAGUUUCAAAACUACGAACUGCCUUAGAAACACAGCAAGACUCGGCUUUAGAAAGGAUAAAUGCACGAGAACAGGAGUGGAGAGCAAAGCUACAAGAAGAGAAGGAUAAAGUGAAUGCCUUAGAAAGAAAUCUUGAAGAGGGUCAGAAAAGAGAACAGCAGUUACAACAGCAAAUUGAUGGCUUCAGUGUGAGCAAGAAACAAACUGCAGAACAGCUUAAGGAUGCACAAGGGCUGGAGGCAAAGGUAAUUGAAAUGCAAGAUAACUGCGAUCAAAUGGAAGGCCUGAACACUCAAGAAAUGGCCAAAAUCAAGCACAUGUUACUGAAUACCAACGGAGAGCUUGAAACCCUCAAGAUAGAAUUAAAAACGAAGAGUGAAGCUCUUUCUAAUGCAGAAGCUCGUUUGAAUUCUGUAGCUUCCUUAGAAGAGCGAGUGCGCAUUUUGAGCGAAGAAAAGACUGAAUUGGAGAGUACAGCUGCUGGUCUUAAUCACAAACUCAGCACUCUCAACACAAGGUACACUUCUUUAGAGGAUAGCAAGGGGGAAGAGGUUCGACACUUGCAGGAACGAAUAGCAACACUUGAGCAGAGACAUUCCCAAGCUACCUUACAAGAGACAGAUAAAGUUCAGGCCCUAAUGAAGGAGAGAGAAAUGAUGGAACAUCGGAUGGAAGAAAGUCGCCAGCAAUUGAAUAAUAUAAAAUCAUCUUGGAGUGAUAAAAUCACUUCUUUAGAGAACCAAAUUCACAAUCUCAAUUUGAAAACAGCAGAAGAUCAGGCAGAUCUUAAAGCAGCAGAAGAACAAAAUAGUAAUCUCCAAACCGAACUUAGUGCCUUGAAGGAUAAAUGGUCUUCUCUUGAGGGUGAAAAGGCAGAAGUUGAAAAAAUUCUAUCCGCAGAAAUUGCUCGUCAGAAAGAAGAUAUAGAGUCUUUGCAGUGGCAACUGAACAACACCACUAAAGAAAAAGAUCAAGAGAUUUCAGCACUGCAAGAAAGAUUAAAAGUGGAAGAGGAAAAGUAUCAGGCGGGUUCAGAGAAGCUCAGAAAUAAAGAGAAAACUUUAGAGUCCCUUGAGUUGAAGUGUAAAAAUCAAGAGUGUGAGCUAGCUGCUACGAAAUCAGACAUUUUGAAAGUGAAAAAUGAUUUACAAGCUGCUCAAAGUGAGAAUAGAUCCCUCCAAGACACCGUACAUAAAGAAAGAACUAAUGCUGAGCUGCUAGAGAAAGUAAAGCAAGAAAUUCAGUCCAAAUUAGAGACUGUAAGCAGUGAGAAGAAUAGAUUAUCCUUGAAUUUAGAUGAAUAUCAUGAAAAACUCGCUUGCUCUGAAAAUUGUGUCAAAGACCUUAAAGAGGAGUCUCAGGAAAAAUCAAAUCAGAUUUCCAACCUGGAGGCAAGAGUGAAUCAGCUAGUGUGUGAUUGUGAGCAACUUAACUUACAGCUAAAAAGUAACGAAGAGGAUUUGCAACAUAAAAUUGAAGAGUCUGACACAGUUAAGACAUUGCGGGCAGCAAUUAAAGUCCUUGAGGAUGAACUCAGUGAAAAGAAACAGGCACUGAAAGUUCAGAGUCAAAGGUUGGCAGAUAUGAAGAAAACCAUCCAAAGAGAGUUCAAGUUAUCAACAGAUACAACUGAUCAUACGUCCGAUUCUCGUCCUGAACUCAGACCACUGCUGACCUCAUCUCCUGGGCCUGCUUCUCUUCCUGCUGCUAACAGUUGCCAGACUGGUGUAACUUCUAUGAAUGGCAGUGUGGAUGAAGAUGGUAUAAACAACACAUACUUGAAACAUGUUAUCAUCAAGUAUUUGACAUCGAGAGAGUAUGAAGCUGUUCAUCUGACCCGGGCAGUUGCCACUUUGCUGCACAUGACACCUGAAGAAGAGAAACUACUGAGAGAGACUCUAGAAUGGAAGAUGUCUUGGUUUGGCUCCAAACCAAACUUGGGAAAAGGUCAGGAUGCCAAGACUAUUCCACCAUCUCAAUGACCCCUGCGGUGAUGGUUUCCAUAAUUUGCAAUAUUUUUGUUAAUUUUUUCUUGUUUUAGGUAGGGUAUAUAAUAUAAGUAAUUUUGAUACAAACCAUUUUCUAUAUUUUCUAAGAUGAUUGGAUUUUAACUGUCAGUGAUAGCUUUUCAUGAACAGCAGAAUUUGGAUAUUAUUUUACAGUGAAUUACAUUGUUUGAUAUGCAAAGAAUUUUCAAUAAUGAGGACUUUAGAAUGACAAUGUUUAUAACAAAAAUAAUUCUUUUUGUUCUGAAAGAAAAUGACCUGCCAUUUAAAAUUUUAAAUAUAUAAUGAAACAGCUGUUACCACAUUUGUAAAUAAAGCUGAUGUGUCCAGAAAAGGAAUGAAUAUUCAUGAAUUCAGACUUCCAGAGCAAGAGAUCAUACAUAUUCAAGUGGUACUUUAUAAAGUUAUAUAUUAUAGAAGGAUUCUAUGCACCUGAGGUAGAAAUGCAUGGAUUUGCUUGCAUUUUUUCACUUAUUUUUUAUUACCAAGAAUAUUGAUAAUAUGUUUUAUAUUGUUAGAAAGUUAUUGAACACUCAUUUUUAUCAGAUUUGCCAUGAAUUAUUUUGUCAGGAAUAUAUGUAUCAUUUACAGAUCCAGAUAUAGAAAAAAACAUGGUCAUCCAAAAUAGUACCUCAUUUAAACAGUGUAUAACUGGCAAAUCAAAAUCGGAAGGCUUUUUUAUUUCCAGGUGUUCCAAGUUACUUUCAUGUCAAGAUCUGACAAAUGAGACAAUCCAGUCAAGGUAGAUUCUAGUUUGUCAAGAAUAGAGAUGUUAUAGACUUAGCAAGUUUGCCUGACUCUGAGCCUAGUGUGCACUGCCUCCUCCUCUUUGAUGGGAGGUAGAUUUGCUUAUCAAUGAUCUUGAAAGUUGGUGCGUCCAGUUAAUCUCGUUUAGACAAAUCUAAUCAUAGGCAUUGUUUCUAGUGCUUUUAUUCCUUCAGAUUUCCUUACUUAUUCUUGCAUAUCAUCUUCAGAAAAUGUAAAUCUUUACAAGUACUUUAAAAGUGGUUCUUGUAACUUACAAGUGUACUGUAUAGCAAGUGGUUCUUACAAGUGCUUGAGCAUGUUAAUAUUUAUAUGAGCACUUGGUUAUUUUUUGGCCAAGUACUUAAUGAGAAGUUGGAUCAUUUGAAAAGUGGCGUAUCAUUUUUUUUUUUCCUAAAAUUCUUGGAGCGUGUUCUCUGAGAAAUAUGUUAACAAACUUUUUUGAAGGAAAAGUAAAAUGAUUAUCCACAUUAUAUUUCAAUGAUUAUGAAGCUGAUUUUUUACUGCCUUAAAAGUACUAAAAUGUUGUUACUCAAGUGUUAUAGAAAGAACUAACAAAGAAAGGUUUAGGAUAAGUAAAGCUUAAAUUGCAUAGGCUAGAAGGGAGGUCCAUUUCAUAGGGCUUGAUGAUACCUUUCAAUGUGAUGUAAUUGCUUGAUGUCUGUACUACAGUGUAGAGGAUAAAUCCAAAAAUUAGAUAAUGUAACGAAAGUUUAUGCUGUUAUGGUGAUACUUUUCCUACAUUUUUUAUUUUUUUUAAGGAUUAUCAAGGUGCUAGUUUGAUUUAUAGUUGACAUACAUUACAUAUAAUGGUAUGAAUAUACGUAUCUUCGUCAUCUGCACAUUUGUUGCCAAAGAUUUUUGCCUUUAAUUUUUUUAUUUUUUGUGAUCUUUUUCUAUCCUAUAUUUGCCAUGAGUUAGUUUUUUUUUAUCUUCAAUAUUUUUUAUAUAAUGGUCAUUGUUAUUUUCAAGGUGAUUUUGUGUAUAACAUUCAGUGUGAAUCAGAACGUUGAAGUGUAGAUGUGUGUAUAUAUAUAUAAUGAAUUAUGUUUGCACUGAAUGCCUAAACCUGAACCAGAUACAGCAAAGGGCAGUUUUAGUGUCUUAAAUUUUUUUUAUAACUUAUCAAUAGAAAGUAACUUUUCCCAAAAAUUAUUUGCAAAUUACAGAUCAGUCUUAAAUAUUUAAGUAUGAUAAUGGUUUCAUAGAAAAAGCCAAAUUAAAUCUAGAAGGGGAUUAUCUUUCCAAAAUAUCUAGUAUUAAAUUGCUUGAUAAACUUAUCUUAAAACAAAUUACAAACAUGUUUCAUUUACUAAAGCCUUAGUAUUCUGUUGGGCAGACAAAAUGAAUGUGGAAUCACUGGCUGAGGUCUUCAACUCUCCAUUGCCUCAAUUUUCAGUUCUCAUUUAAGAACAGAUCCUUCUCCCAGUCACUAUAAGAAGUCACAAUAUGUAAUUCAGUUUUUCACACUACCUAUGGGAAAAAAAUGACUUCUAUACCAAGUGCUCUUUAAAUGAAUUUUCAUCAUUCUUGUUUAAUCUAACUUUUCAUAAUUCAUUUUGUAAUCUUCUAAGUCCUUAUGUGCAUAUGUCAUAUCUGACAGUAUUUUCAUCGAAGCCAUUUUUCAUUAGUUGGUGAAGGCUAUUUUUAUCACUUUGAUCCUGGAUUACUGUAAUACUUUUAAUAUGUGUAAUAAGAUGCAAGUUACUGUACUUACUCAUUAGCUUUCACUGAUGGAUGAAAGUUUCACUUGUUAUUUUAUGCUUCGGACAUGCAUUUCCUUGGAAGGGUAGCUUAACUAAUUUAAAUUCUAGCUCGGUUAGUAAAUAACUAUGCGUGUUAACAUUAAGGAUAAUUUUUGUGACAGUGGGUUUAGGAACUGUCAGGUUGACUGAUGCAAUCCAUUUGCAGUCCUGCACUUGAGUUUCAUAAUAAUAAGCAACAGUGAUAAUAGCAGUAACACACUGAACUUUGAUGUUGCUUUUUAUUUUGUUUUGCUUUAGAUUUUGUUUCAAACCUUAAAACAAAUGUCAUAAAAAGGAUUCAGUAUGUUUCUUUGAAGUUUGAAUUGUAAACCUAGCAAUUUUAGUAACAAUGCUGAUUACUUUGUCUUUGAGUCUUAGUUCAUCUUGGAGAUAUUUACACUAAAGAAAUUUAUGAAGUUAGGAAAGAUAAAUACCACUUAACACCUUUACGCAAUUGUUAUUGUAAAUGAGUUUACACUAUCACAAGUUCUUACUUAUAGGCUCAUGGGCUUCAGCUGAGAGAUUUGCUCUUAAAAUGACAGAUUAGUAUCCAGGUGACAAGAAACCAAAAGGAAUGAAUAAAAAGUAAAUGGGGCAAAAAGCACUCAAGUUUUGGGGAUGAAGGGAUGCUUAAGAGAAGCUCUAUAUCAUUUAUGUUAUAUUCAGUGCUAACAAUACAUGAUUAAUUGUGGUUAUAUGAAAAUUAUUCUAUAAAUACAUGAUAAAAAAAUAUAGAAAUUAACCCUUUAGAUGAACUUUUAAGAAUCUAUAGUGAAAAGUCUUGUAAGAUUCCUUGCUAGGAUUGGAGUCCUUUAUAUGCCUCUCCACCCACGCGCCAUCAAACUCGUAGUAAUUUUACUUUGUAAAAUAAAUAGGUUCUUACUAUGUUUAACUAUAUGAAAUAUUUCUGUCUUAGAUGCAUCCCUGGUCUACAGGCAAAGACAGGAAGUGAUGGCUUUUAAAAGUGGAGGUGGGGUCUACACUAUUAUUUUUACUAGACAACAGAAUUAAGAUUAAGAUUUAUCUUUUCUAACUAGUGUUUAACCAUCCUUUCAGCAUUAUAUUUUUUGUCUGCCUAACUGGCCUGAAGGCUGUAGUGAAAGAAAUAGGUUCAUUUUCAUGAAAAUGUUACAUUGGGAAAAAGUAAUUUUAUACUCCUAUAAAUAAGUUCAAAUUGAAGUUCUCCAAGACGACAAUUUGCUAGUUGCAUCCCAAUGCAAAUACAGAUACUAAAGCAUUUUUUAUUUGUUUUUCUGGCAGUUUUUUUUUUAUUGUUAUUUGUGGGGUUUUGUUUCAGCACUUAAAAGAAGAAUAUUUGUGACUAAUAUUAUAACUGAUUUAAUAAUUAAUAUUCAAAAUAGGAAGUGACAGGUUGUCUUGUGAUGAAAGAAUCCAAAAUUUCUUAUAUAUAUGUUUAUCUGUUUCAUUAUAGCAUUUCCACAUCUCAGUUCAUGAGCCAAAGCUGAUCCUCGCCUGCUUUAGUCUUCCCUAACUUUCGAAGAGUAAACAGCUUGAAAGGUUGAGGAGACGAAGGAAAUGCCAUAGAUAGAAAAUGAAAAUCCAUGGUGACAAUUUAUGCAACAUAGGUAGGAUAUAUAUAAUUUUCAGUGAAUUAAUGAAUGCUGUUAACAGUAUGGAAGAUGAAUAGUGUUGUUACUCAGACAAGAAAGGUGUAGAAAUGCUAGUGACUUAUUAGCACUGAAGUAAAAACCUGUAGAACUUCUCUUGUAUUCAUUUUGAAAAGUUGGUGGUCUUGGUGGCUUCGACAGCCUUCCCAAUUCUGUCUGCUGAGAUGAUUUUAGGCACCUUGUUUUUCUGUGGGGAUGAUACAGUAGAGAAUUUAUGUACUUGUUAAAAGUACACAUGCAGGUGGUUGUUAUGAAAUAUUACACUUGAAAUUAUUUACAGUAUUCUUGGAUUGCAAAUGUUUACAUUUUACAGUGUUGUGUUUAAGUACGUUUUCGAUGUACACGUAGUACAUGAAAAAUUACCAGAAGUUAGGUAAAAAUGUUAGCAUGAAGAAAAAAAAAAAAAAAAAAAAAAAAAAAAAAAAAAAAAAAAAAAAAAAAAAAAAAAAAAAAGUGUACACUUGAAAGUUAGGGAUGUGGCCAUUAUAAAAAAAAUGAGGAAAUGGUUGUGUAUGCCUUUCAAAGAUCUUAGCAUGCAUUUUCUUAAUUUGUUUAGAGAUCGCCAUAUCACAUUCCUAUACAAAAAUAUUUCAUCUUUAUAUAUUUAAAGAUGGUCAUAUUGCACUACUCAGCAAAAGCUGCUGGUUUUGAAGUACAUAUUCCCAAUAUUUUGCUAAGACAGAAUUGCACAUUUUUCUGGAAAAAUGAAGAUUUCCAUUUCCCUCUCCCUAUUCAGAUUUUUAAAAGUUACAAAAUGUAUAACUACUAGUGUCUUAGAAGUGAUAUGAAAGCUGUCAAUAAUUAACAACAUAAAAUUCUCUUCUAACGCAUCAGGUUAUUAUUUCAUGAAGUAUUGGAUAAUGAAGCUUAUAUUAAUAUAUAUGUAACUGUAUAAAUUGCACUAGUAUUAUUCACUAGGUUUUUUAUUUUAAUGAGUAUUUUUUUUAUUGAUUAUUUUAAGUUACUCUCGUAAUUUCUUUCUGGAUGUGUUACACUCUCAAAGCCUCAAAAUACCAUUGAAAAUAAAUUCUCCUUUCCUGGUGGGGGGCUUGAAUCCACAGCAGUCAAUCAACCCAGUGCAGCACCAAGGAGAUCCUCCUUGGUGGCAUAAUGAGCAAGCACUAAUCUCAGUCUUCUGACCAGCAUGGCUCUAAAUUCCUCUUGAAAAGGAUUUUUUCUUUAAUUUUCUUUAGCGUUUGAAGAUUUAAAAGAAAAUCAUAUCGUAAGAUAUUGGGAAAUAGAAAAGUAAAGAGAUCAUUUGGCCACUAAAAUCCAUCCUCAUGUAUGUUUUGAAGGAAAUAAAGAUGCUGAUAAAGCAAAACAUUGUUUUACAAUGAGCAGAUUUGCCUACUUUGUCAGCAUCCUGGAGCAUCAUAUGCUUAGGCCAGAUAGUAACCUAAAAACUAAUGAAUAGUAAUAAUGAAAUAAUGAUUAAUUAUUAUCAGAUCAAAUAUGACCAUUCCAAUUCCAGUGAGUGAUUGUUUAGAACUGCAAUAUUAUCACUUUAACUUAUUAUAACCAAGAGCAUUGAGUCCCAUUGCUAGACUUUCAAAGGGCUUGCCAUAAUUACUUGUUUUUCAGUGUUCAGUUAUGGGUGAAAAUUAUAGCACAGUAAUGCUGAAGAAGUUAGACAGCUAUGUGGGAAGUCUAAAUGAAAACUUUAAAAGUAAAAGGCAGAAAGGAGUGCAUACAACUAUGGCCAAUAAUACCUAGGCAAGAAAACCCUUGGUAUAAUCAACAGUGUGCCAUGCAAAGAUGUGUAAACGGCAGGUCAAAGACCUAUGGGAAGGGUGAGGAACACCUGAAGUAAAAAUACCUUCAAUAACUGGAAACUUAAUAAAAUAAUGAAUAAAAAGUGAACAGCUAAAACAAAUUCAACCAGUUAUUAUGUGAUUUUCUUCAUUUAAAAGAACAGCACUUCAGGUGAUCUUGUAUCUCCUUUCAAUUGGUGACACUUGGACACAGAUAUUCAAUGGAAACCACAAUCCCAGCUCUUGCAUGUAGAGGAUGCAAUUGACAGUGUAACACUGGAGUAUGUAUUUUCAGCUUUUCUAAUUUCAUCCAGCAAUGGUUGUCAUACCACUGGAACAGAUAUUUUGUCAGAGUAUACAGCGUUUAUCUAUAAUUAAACUUUACAAUGUUUAUUAAAGAUAUGAUCUUUAUUUGCACAAAGAAAGCCGCUGGGCCAUUCACUCACAGUAAUACAGUAAUAAUUACUGUGAAUAUGAAGAAGACCUUUCAAGCUAUGACUUUGUCCCAGAAGACUCUUCAUGAGCUAGUAAAUUCAAAUUUAAAAACCAAGCUUCAAGUUUUGCUAUCAAUAAAUAUUCUAAACUGAUAAUUAAUAAGAAGUAUCACUGGUUUGCAGGAGAGAGAAUGAAGACUUGUGUUUUAUAGUAAGCAUUAGGGUUAUUGUUUUACCAAGGCCUUAAUCUUUGAUGUUCCAGUUCUGUACAGCAUGUAUACUAUUUGUUAGCAAGAGGGAAAUUGAUACUUAUAUCUUAUAAUGUGAACAAAGUUAGUGUGUUAACCAACAUUAAAAAUUUAUGUAUAAAUACACAGUGUUCUUUUUAUAAAGUUUACAUUAUGUUUUACUCAUCAUUUUUAAGUACACUGUAAGAGAAAGAUUUAUUCUUUAAUAAUCUUUGGUUUGUAGUGCCUUAUUGUAUUGUCCAAAUGCAUUCUCUACUGUAAGCUCUUGCAGAAUUUUAGUUAUAUACUACAUAAAUACUUUAUUGGUUGGGGACCUUUUCACUGAUAAAACGACCGUCUCCUUCACUGGUAAAAUGCUUUCCAAGGUACAAGUUUUGUUAUUUUGAAUGUAAUGAAUUUGUAAAACUUAUUCAAGAGCCCUUGCACAGAAGCUUUCAUUUGUGGUGAAUGAAAUCCAUUGUGGUGUUAAGUGAAGUUUACAAAUUUUUUAAUGUGAGGGUCAGUAUUGAAGGCUAAUUUAAAGGUGUCAACAUUUUUAAUCACUGUUGGUAAACUGUUUUUAUUUUAUAGUCAUCUGUUGCUUGUAAAUACUAGUGUAAUAGCAUUAGGAAGUUUUGAUACAGAAUAAAUUGAAAUUGGGAUUUCACAGGUCAUAUUUCACUACAGAAUUUGUUUGUGUGUCAGAUUACUCGGUAAGCUAGUUACUGAUGAAUUGUGCCUCUACUAUUUUAUUAUUUUGUGAACAAUAUUCUCAGAAGAACCUUUGGUAUGCUCCUAUAUUACAAGUUAGAUUAGAUGCUUGUAUUCUUGCAGAGCUUUAUUGUAUAAUAUUUAUGCUUUGUAUAUGCUGAUAUUUAAAUGUUUUAUACACAUAUAUUAGGUCUAAAGAGUACAGUACAUAAUUUUAGUCAAUUAAAAGCUGCAUUAGUGACCAUGAAAACUGUCCAAUAUAGCAUAAUUUGAUCAUGCCAUAUAAAAAGAACUGUGUCAUAUUUCAGUACCUUUCAUCGCCUGUUUCUUUUCUGAUGAUUGUCCAGAUGUAUGAGGUAAGUUCUGUACAGUAAAAGUAGUUUCAUCCAGAUGCCCAUUAAUCCAGGAAAUCUGACGAUAAUCCCUCUCCUUAAUAAAGAUUAUGAUCCACAGCAUUCACAAAUGCUUUCAAGUACCAGACAAGUCUUUCACCCACCAGUUACCCAUUCAUGAGCCCACUAGCCUCAUGAACUACCUCUUUACAUAUAGUUGUGGUGGUCAGCAUUUUUAUUUUUACACAGGGGAUGAAUGAAUGAAUGCAUAUGCUACAUAUGACUUUGCUGUGCUACCUGGCUUGGUCUUACAGCAUUUAAAUGGUUUAUUGCCAUUAUUAUUGAUACUGUGUCAUGCUUCAUAGUUUCCCAGGUUCUAAAGUGGGCAAUUAUUAAGAGCAUCAGAUUUCGACAAUCACUCAAAAAAUGAAAAUUAUCAUGGAAAUAGAGGCCUUCAUAUCCCGGAACCUUCUUAAACAUCUAAUAUGUAAUUAAUGAAGAAACGAAAGACAAUUGUGUCUUUCAUGUCUAAAGAACAGUCACCAUUAGAAGCUAUGAAAAGAAAAUCCCAUUUAGUUCUACAUUAUAAGAUUACAAUAUUAAGCUAAUAACAGCAAUGCCAACCAUGAGUUAAAUCCUCUGUAGGAGAAUAUGUAAAAGAAAUAUAUCCACUAGCCUGGUACUUUUGAUAAUUUAGCACCUCUCAUGCCAUAUAGGUGCUAAAAUAAUAGACUUGUACUGUAUAAUUCUCUUGGAAUUGGGUUGUGAUCUGUCUAACUUAUAAGAAGGUUGAUGAGUAAGAAAGAGGACUUCUACCUUCAAGAUCUAAUCUGGAUCUCAAUGAGAAAUUUAGUGUUCACAACAAUGAAAUAAUGAAAAAAUAAAAAAAAUUUAACUGUCCAAACAUUCACAAGUAUAACCUUUGGUUUGCUUUGAAAUAAAAUUUGAACUGAUUAGCAAAAUUUAUACGUAUUUGUGAAUACAAAACCACAAUUUUUUGUAUAAAUAAUUCUCACCUUUUAACCUCAGAAUGCAUUGCUCACUGAUGUUGAUUUGCUGAUAAGCUUUAGAUACAGUAAUUUGUUUUGUAUUGGCUAUCAUUCAGAUUAUAAAUUGAGGCACUUGGUACUGGAUUUAUUUAACGUAUAUGAAUGGCCUGAUCAGUAUCCCCUUUUUUAUGUAUAAAAAAGUGAUGAUGCUAGAUACAGUAAUUCAUUCUGUUCUUUAGUUGAUUUAAAGACUUGAAGAGAUGGUCUGACAAAAAUUUUUUUUUUUUUUGCAGUUCCCAAACUAUGAAAUAAGCACAGGAAUUGUAGCCAAAUAUUGUUAUGGUAUGCCUUUAAAACGUAUGAAUCAGAUGCUCCAUGAUAGGAGCUGCUAAUGGUUUUGAAAUAGUAUUCAUAUUAGUGAAUCCUUUCAAAUUUUGUUGUCAGUAUUUGUAAUUGGUACAUUUUACUUAUUACACUGUCAUGAAUUACAUUACUACUUCAUUGUAUGGUAUAUCCACAUGUGCACUCAUAUUUUGGUAGGAAAAUCUUACGAGUUUUUAAUCAGUAAUUUUUCCCUAUGUUUAAACAUUAAUUCACCACUGUGAUUUUCAUUAUACAGUAAUAGUGUCUGGUUGGAUACACAAGCAUGUCAUCUCUUCAGACUUAGUUUUAAAGUCAUUUGUGGCAACCAUAUGUGUUCAUAGACUGUGAGCUAUCUUUGAAUCAACACAGUUGACAUUUUCCACCACUGUAUUUAUCUUAUUCGUAAAGAUGUUGUGAUGGUUAAAACAGCUUUUGAUUGCUUGCUUCAUUUCUAGUCAAAGCUACUGAACAUGGUUACAAAAUUUGUGAAGAUUUAUUUUAUUUCUGUUGAGACUUGUUAACAAUUUUUAUGAUAUACUGUAUGUAAUUUUGUUUUGUAUAUAACCAAAGUGUAUUUGCAUAUUUUUGGAUUAUGAUUAAAAAGUGUAAAUUAUGAUAGAUUUAAAAUGCCAGAUUUA